AUGGCGAACUAUGCAAUCUACCAGUCUUCAAUCGACUACCAAACAGCCGCAUACGGCCCCUACGCUUCCUCGGCAACCGGUGGCAACGAUCUCGCUCGUGACGCUCUAGCCGGUAUCGCUUCUCUAUACUCAACACCGCUCUACUCGAACAUCCCUGGCCGGCCGCUGCAAUACGCUUCCACUAUUCUAGCCUGCCUUGCUUUCCUGGUCACCCUUCCCAUUUACAUCGUGUACUGGAAAGGUCCGCAGAUCAGAGCCAAUUCGAAAUUUGCGCAGAGCCUCGAUCAAAGUCGACAACAGAGAGAUGAAAAGAGGAGGAAGAGUGUUCAUCCAGGUGUGGAGGGGCCGCUGGGUGAGAAGGAGCAGAGGGUUCAUCGAGAGAAUGCGUAG